CAGCUUCUCUUCGAUUCAUCUUCUUAAAACCCUAAAAAAAUCCCAACACAGAUUCAUGGGUUGCUGCGGAAGUAAACCCCGGACAGCUUCUGAUAUCCAUAGAAAGCAAGAGACGAUUCUUGGGAAGCCAUUGGAAGACAUCAAGAAGCUUUAUAGCUUCGAAGGCGAACUAGGCAAAGGUACUUUCGGGACAACAUACUUGUGCAAAGAGAAUUCAACAGGAAAGAGUUACGCUUGCAAAUCCAUACUUAAGAGAACUCUAAGCAGCGAAGAAGACAAAGAAGCUGUGAAGACAGAGAUUCAAAUCAUGGAUCAUGUUUCAGGAGAACCUAACAUCGUACAGAUCAAAGGUUCUUACGAGGACAAGAAUUCUGUUCACAUUGUAAUGGAGUUGUGUGGUGGUGGUGAGUUAUACGACAAGAUUGAUGCUUUGGUCAAGUCUCAUAGCUAUUACUCUGAGAAAGAUGCUGCUGGAAUCUUUAGGUCGAUUGUGAAUGCUGUGAAGAUUUGUCAUUCUUUGGAUGUUGUUCAUCGUGAUCUCAAGCCUGAGAACUUCUUGUUCUCUAGUAACGAUGAGAAUGCUAUGCUUAAAGCUAUCGAUUUCGGGUGUUCUGUUUACAUCAAGGAAGGGCAAACUUUAGAGAGAAUUAUUGGCAGUAAAUACUACAUUGCUCCUGAAGUAUUAGAGGGAAGCUAUGGGAAGGAAAUCGACAUUUGGAGUGCUGGUGUUAUUUUAUAUAUCCUACUCAGCGGCGUACCGCCAUUUCAGACUGAUGCUGAGAUUAAGGAAGCCAGGCUUGAUUUUGAGAGCCAACCAUGGCCUUUGAUAUCUAAUAAAGCGAAGAAUCUUAUCGGGAAGAUGCUCACCAAAGACACUAAGGAACGAAUCUCUGCUGCAAAAGUUCUUGAACAUCCUUGGAUGAUAAGUGAAGCUCCAGAUCAACCUAUUGAUAAUGUAGUCUUAUCACGUAUGAAGCAAUUCCGAGCAAUGAACAAGCUUAAGAAGCUAGCUCUUAAGGUUAUCGCGGAGGGUCUAUCGGAAGAGGAAAUCAAAGGUCUUAAAACCAUGUUUGAGAAUAUGGACACCGACAAAAGCGGGUCAAUCACUUAUGAAGAACUCAAAACCGGGCUGAAUAGACAUGGCUCUAAACUCUCUGAAACUGAAGUUAGGCAACUCAUGGAAGCCGCUGAUGUUGAUGGGAAUGGAACAAUAGACUACAUAGAGUUUAUCUCAGCAACGAUGCAAAGACACCGAUUGGAACGCGAUGAACAUUUGCACAAAGCAUUCCUACACUUUGAUAAGGACAACAGUGGGUACAUAACUAAGGAUGAAUUGGAGAUAGCCAUGAAAGAGCAUGGUAUGGGAGAUGAAGCUAAUGCCAAAGAAAUAAUAUCAGAAGAUGGGAAAAUAGACUAUGAAGAAUUUUGUUCGAUGAUGAGAAAUGGCAACUUGCAGCCACAAGGGAAACUUCUUGGCCAAUUCGGUAUAACUCGUAAAUGCGUUGAGAAGUCAACUGGUAAGACUUACGCUUGCAAAACCAUUCUCAAGACGAAUCUAAAGAACGAAGAAGAUGAACAAGCCGUGAAGAGAGAGAUUCGUAUUAUGAAGCAUUUGUCUGGAGAACCAAACAUUGUGGAGUUCAAGAAAGCUUACGAGGACAAAGAUUCUGUACAUAUUGUGAUGGAGUUUUGUGGUGGUGGAGAGUUGUUCAAAAAGAUCGAAGCUUUGUCCAAUGCUGACAAGUUUUACUCUGAGAAAGAUGCUGUUGGAAUCAUUAGACCGAUUGUGAAUGUUGUGCAGAUUUGUCAUUAUAUGGGUGUGAUGCAUCGUGAUCUAAAGCCUGAGAAUUUCUUGCUCUCGAGUACCGAUGACAAUGCUAUGCUCAAAGCUAUUGACUUUGGGUGUUCUGUCUUCAUCCAAGAAGGAGAAGUAUACCGGGAUUGCGUUGGGAGUGCUUACUACGUUGCUCCUGAAGUAUUACAGGGAAAUUACGGGAAAGAAGCCGACAUUUGGAGUGCAGGGAUUAUAUUGUACAUCCUACUCUGCGGCAAACCUCCCUUUGUGACAGAACCUGAGGCAAGAAUGUUCAAUGAGAUUAAGAGUGCCGAAAUCGACUUCCACAGCGAACCAUGGCCUCUUAUAGAUAGGAAGGCAAAACAUCUUGUCAUGAAGAUGCUUACUAGAAACCCCAAGGAACGAAUCUCUGCUGCAGAGGUUCUUCGACAUCCUUGGAUGAAAGACGGAGAAGCUUCGGAUAAGCCUAUUGAUGGCGUUGUUUUAUCCCGAUUGAAGCAAUUUCGAGAUAUGAACAAGCUUAAGAAGGUAGCUCUAAAGGUUAUUGCAGCAAGUCUAUCAGAAGAGGAAAUCAAAGGUCUUAAAACACUGUUCACCAACAUUGAUACCGACAAAAGUGGCACAAUAACUGUUGAAGAACUCAAAACAGGUCUAACUAGACUUGGAUCUAACCUCUCUAAAACCGAAGUGGAGCAACUCAUGGAAGCCGCUGAUGUGGAUGGUAAUGGAACAAUCGACAUAGACGAGUUUAUCUCUGCCACGAUGCAUAGAUAUAAAUUGGAUCGAGAUGAUCAUGUGUACAAAGCAUUCCAACACUUUGACAAAGACAACGACGGGCACAUAACGAAGGAAGAAUUGGAGAUGGCGUUGAAGGAGCAUGGUGUGGGUGAUGAAGGUAGCAUCAAACAAAUUAUAACGGAAGUCGAUACCGAUAAUGAUGGAAAAAUAAACUUUGAGGAAUUCCGCACAAUGAUGAGAAGUGGCAGCAACUUGCAGCCACAAGGGGAGCUUCUUCCAAUCAAGUGAAUCAUAUUGUUCUUGUGUGUAAAGUGUAACCCAUAAUAACGGUUUAGUAAGAAGAGCUAAACCGGAGAAAAUCAAAGUGAGAUUAAUUA